AUGAAAGAAGGAACGAAGGGCAAAAAAGAAGACAAAAGGAAGAAAAAUGCACGAGUUGUGUCGAUAAUGGAACGUUUGCGUUCUACAAGUGAACUUAGUCAACUGGAUGCAGCUACCGAAUUAGCUGAUAUGCUACUUCUGGGCAACGAAGAGAGCCUUCCAAAUUUACCAAUCAAAGAUAUCGUUCAUGCUCUUAUCAUGUUGCUUCAGAAGGAGCAUAAUUUCGUAUUGAUGCUUACGGCUGCAAGAUGCAUAUCAAAUAUGCUGGAAGCUUUACCACGUGCACUACCAGUUGUUAUCGAUACAGUGCCACAUCUUCUUGAAAAGUUGAAACGUAUCGAAUGUAUUGAUGUAGCAGAGCAGUCGUUAAUGGCGUUGGAAGUGAUGUCAAAAAGGAAUGGCAAAAAUAUAAUGUCAGCUGGUGGCAUCGCAGCAACGAUAUCGCAUGUUGAUUUUUUCUCAGUACCAUCACAACGUUUGGCAUUUCAAAUAGCUGCUAAUUGUGCAACAUAUGUGUCAGCUAAUGAUUUUCCUCAAGUGCGUGAAUCACUAGCUGAUCUUACUCAGCGACUCCUAAUUGAGGAUAAACGAUGUUUGGAAUCAGUUUGUGUACUAUUUUGCCGUCUUGUGGACAAUAUGCGUAAUCAUGCUGAUAAAUUGCGAGAAAUAGCAGGACAAAAUCAUGCAUUAUUGAAAAAUGUGCAGCAAUUACUUUUAGUACAACCUUGUGCGGUGGGACCGAAUACAUUUCAAUCGUUAAUACGGAUGUUACGUUCAAUGGCUUCCAGAUGUAGCGAUCUGGCGGUUGCAUUAGUUUAUAUGGAUUUUGCAAGAACUAUCAAAUUUUUGAUUGUUGGAUCAAAGGAAGGUGAUCAUACGACAUUCGAAAUUGUUGAUCGCCCGCCGCAACAUUUGCAAGAAUUGGUUUACCUAGCUGGAGAACUAAUGCCACGUUUACCGGUUGAUGGAAUUUUUGAAAUAGAUAGUGUAAUGCUACGUUCCCAUGCUACCUAUUAUGAUUUUCAACCGACACUAUGGUACUGGAGAGAUGAUUCUAAUCAGUGGUUGCCAUUUACUCAUUUUGAUUCACGGCUUAUUGAGAUGGCAUAUGCAACAAGUGAAACUGAAAUAAAUCUUCAAAUUAACGGAAAUGUGUAUAAAAUUGAUUUGCAACGAAUGGUACAACGAAAUCAUUCAACGGGUAAAGAGAGAGCUAUACAACGACGAACAUCCGUUUUCAAGAGUAAAACAGCAUCUCCAGAAGAUGAUCGUCGUUUAGAAUUGAUGAAAACAGAACCAGUUCUUCUAGAACAAGUUGUGCAGUUACUUCUUCCAAUAUUAGUGGAAAUUGACGGUAGUUCAAGUGGUCCAGCACUUCGUUAUGAAAGCUUGCGUGUAACUUUAAGAAUGAUUUAUCCAUCAGAUGUACGAGUACUGAAAGAUAUUCUGGCAAAUCUUCCCCUUGCUGGACAUAUAGCCAGUGCUUUGACUAGUGCACGAAGCAAAGAUCUUUGUGUUGUGGCAUCAGCGUUACAAUUAGCUCAUCUGCUUCUGGACAAAUUUCCGGAUAUGUAUGAGCUAUUAUUCAAACGUGAAGGUGUUGCACAUGAAAUUGAAAAAUUGUCAAAAAUGAAACUUGAAUCACCAGUGUUAGCUCCAUCAAUACAGAUAGCUACAUUAGCUUGUGAACAUGAUAAUGCAACUAUCACUGCAACCGGAAUUCGAACACGAAGUGGCCCAAAAACACGUUCGUCAUCCGAAAUAACGGAAGGAACAUCAUUAACUACUAAACAAAGUACAAAUACAAGAACUCGUAAUAUCGCACAGUUGACAGUAUCUACUGCAGAAGCAGGUCCAAGUUCAAGUAAUGCUACUCGUGUUAUCGUUUCACCCAAUGGUGGCCGUCAUCGUCGUAAAACUUCACCAGAGAGUCCUAUAUCCCGCAAAGAAUCACGUCGUAAAACAACACCUUCGAAUUUCCUUCAUACGUUACGUUUACCAUCAUUUCGCAUGCCGGGCACAUCGUCGUCAAGCGGACAUUCGCCACAUGAUAGCACACCACCAAGUAACAUGCUUUCAUCAUUUUUCACCUCUAUCAGUCAAUCUCAGACAACAUCGGCACAUCAUUAUCCUUCAGGAUCUGGUGGCUCAACAAAUGCUCCAUCUUCUCAUACGUCUGCAUCUCGUGCACGUAUUUCAACGUUUACACCAUCAGCUGCUGUGGGAAGUUCAUGCUCGGCUAUUUUGAUGCAGUCUUCAUCUACUGGUCAUAGUUCAUUUACGGUACCAUUAUCGUCUACUAGCGGAUCUGCCUUAAGUCAUCAGCAACGUGAAAUAAUUCGUCAAUGGAUACGUAAAGAAGCUGAAUACCUGAUACACAUGUAUUUUUCGACACCAUCGACUGGUAUCGAUGGUUCAGCUCCGUCACUUUUAAGUCGUUUAACAUCUAUUGCUGCAUCUCUUAUUAGUGAAAAAGAUGUUGGUAGCACUGCACUUGUUGGAUUUAAGGCAAUUUUACUGGAAAACGAUGUAAGCGCCUUUGAACUGAAUCAUAGCGGUGUACUCAGUUCCCUCUGUAAAUAUAUUACAAAUUCCUCCUCAUCAUAUCAGCCUCCUCGUAAACUUCGUCUCAAACGUUUCGCUGCGGUUUUCAUGUCCCUUACAUCAGAUAAUUUGAGACCAGCAGACGAAUCAGAUUGUUGGGCAGCUUUCGAAAUACUUGUAUCAAAGUUGCUCGCAUCAGUAGCACAACAUGAACAAUUCCAGGUUAAAGUUACUGAUAUGGGUGGAAUCGUAACGGGUAGUUCUGGGGGAGCUUUACGCGGUUCGCAAGCGUUACGCUUUUUCCAAACUCAUCAGAUUCGCUGUAACUUGAAGCGACAUCCAACUUGCAGGGAUUUGAAAGAAUGGAGGCAUGGACAUGGCUCCAUAAAGGUAGAUCCGUUCACUUCAAUUUCGGCUAUUGAAAGAUAUUUGUUGGACCGUGGGAUCGGUUAUGUACGUGCGGAAGAUUCAUCUGGUGAUGAAGAUGGUAGUGAUGAUGACGAAAUGCCUUCUGAAGGAUCGAUAUCAGGUGGAAAUUCUCAGCCCGGCCGUAUAGAAAUCUUAAUAAAUGAUGAAAAAAUUCCAGGGCAUAUGUCCAUUUUACAGGCACUAAGACAAUUUGGGCAAGUAAAUUUGGGUGAUAAUGUGGAUCAUUUCGCGGUUGCAACAGGUAUAUGGGUGAAUACGCACACCCUCUAUUACCGUGCUGCUGCACCGGCUUCGACUGAAGCAUCCGAAGAACCAGUAGUAGUAGUAUCCACAACCAAGUCACUUUCUGGGAAAUCCGAAAAACGGGAAAAACGGCCAAAGAUUGACGAAAAGCUAUGGAUUGAUGGAGAAGUUCCGGUUAGUCAGUGCCCUUUGGAUUCAUAUUUGACGAAUAAAUUACCGGUCGAUGUAGAUGAUCCUUGUGUGCCUUCUCUUGUUCUUCUUCGAUGCCUUUAUGCACUUAAUCGUUUUUGGUGGAAAUUAUUUGAGGACGAAGAUGUACCGCCUACCAGUCAUGCACCACUCCUACCGAACACAGCCUUUCAUUCAUCGAAGCUUAAUGCAAAAAUUGGACGUCAGUUAUCUGAUUUCCUGUCCGUUGCAACUCAGCAAAUACCCCAAUGGACUGGUGAUCUAAUCAAAGCAGUGCCUUUUAUCUUCACAUUUUCAUCUCGACGCAACUACCUGUACUGUACAGCUUUUGGACGAGAUAGAGCUUUGAUGCAUCUUGUCAACCAAACAGAUGGUGGACAGGGUGAUGGCGAAAGUGGACGUUUGACGCCACGUCUGGAAAGACGCAAGGUGUCGGUACGUCGGGAUGAUUUGCUUCGCCAGGCAGAACAAACCCUUCAUCAUCUUGGAUGCAGUCGAGCAAUGCUUGAAGUUGGUUUUGAAGGAGAAGCGGGUACUGGUUUCGGUCCAACGUUGGAGUUCUAUUCCACUGUAUCACGCGAGAUACAAAAAUCAUCACUACGUCUUUGGCAUGGUCAUACCUUGGCUGCUACAUUUGACGGCAAUGAUGGACCGGUAACAAAUUAUACCACAGCAUCUGCUGGUCUUUAUCCCGCGGUCUUUUCCUCACAAAGUGCUAAACAGCGUGAUGCUCGUUCGAAAAAAUUCGAAUUUAUUGGACGUUUGUUAGCGCAAGCUUUGAUUGAUUCACGUAUGCUGGAUAUACCGCUUAAUCCCGUAUUUUUUAAAUGGCUUUGCGGCGAAGAUAAGAUGUUUGGUCUAAGUGAUUUGGAGGUUUUCGACAAAAAUUUGUACCAGUCUUUACGUGCACUGAUUCUUACGGAUCCAAAUGAUUUCGAUUCACUCGAGCAGUACUUCACUCUGCCGGGUGACGAAAAUUUCGAGCUUGUUAAAGGAGGGAAAAAUCGCUUGGUGACCAGUUCGAAUGUAGUUCAGUUUGUCAAGUUGGUAACUCAUUGGCUAUUGGUCGAAGGUGUGCGACGCGAGAUGGAAGCUGUACGUAGAGGCUUUGAAACAAUUAUCAAAAUAGAUGAUUUAACGUCUUUCACCCCUGAUGAGAUGGAAGAGCUAUUUUGUGGUUGUUCGGAAGAAACUUGGAAACGUACAUGGAAUGAAUCAGCAUUACAGUCAGCUAUAAAACCAGAUCACGGGUAUACGCAUGAUAGCGAGCAGAUACGAUGGCUUAUACAGAUGCUUGCUUCUUAUGACAAUCAGCAGCAAAGAAAAUUUCUGCAGUUUGUGACGGGCUCACCAAAACUUCCAGUUGGCGGUUUUCGUUCAUUGAAUCCCCCGUUAACAGUUGUGAAAAAAUCUGGUUCUUACGGAAAUGGCGACGAUGAACUUCCAUCGGCUAUGACCUGUUACAAUUAUUUAAAAAUUCCAGCAUAUAGUACCUAUGAAAUAUUCCACCAACGAUUUGAUGUUGCAUUGCGUUUCAUUUACAGUUUCCAUUUAACGUAG